AUGUCUGAAUCUGACUCGUCUACAGACUCGAGUUCUCCACUGCCUUAUCCUGGACACUGCCCUCGCAAGUUCUGCACACCCUCAAGUGCCUCUCCUCCAAACUCCCCCUCGAGUGAAGCCCUGGUUUUUUCAGCAGGUCGAAGUGUUGAAGGUGGUCAGACACUGGUUGGCCCAGGAGUCGCCGGGUCUGAGCCUCAUGUGCAUUGUGGUCUUGCGCUCUUUUUUGUGCAUGCUGCGCCCAUUGUACUUUUCCAUGACGUGCGCAAUGCACCAGUCACGCUUGGUAGCCCCGCGCUCUCUGCCCUGCACACUGCACCGGUUACACUAGGUCCAACACCCUCAUCGUCACCUAAUCCACCCCUCACAAGUCUUACUGGCGCACUGUUUCGGCUACCCGAAGCAUUGGCACUCACCCUCACACCGUACUUUGCUGGAGAGGUAGACGCCAAUGUCAAGUGGGUAGAUCGCGACGAAGCCUUAUAUAGAGAUAUUAUCGAUGCAAUGGCUGAUGAUUGCUUCGUCUACUUCUACUGCGGUAUCCUUUACAAUAUGCCUGCUGUGGCUGCAGCAUCCGGACCAUAUUAUUGUGUCACCCGUGGGCGAUAUAUUGGUGUUUUUAACUAUUGGGAUGAAGUCACAGAAAGCAUCACAGGCUUUACCGAUGUGGUAUAUGCUGUUACUUCACUUGCUGUUGGUGAAGUUCUUCUUCGUACUGCCAUUUACAAGGGCGAAGUACACAAAUGUCGAGUUCCCGUGAAUUUUUCAUACAACUAG